AUGGCAAGAAGAACUGUCGAAAACAUCAACGGAUUCGUUAUGGCCCGGCCAGCUGUAUCGAAAAAGCUUCCCUCGAGAACGUCGAAUCCUGUAGCAGCCGUUGGAGGAACAAAAAAAACUAUAAAAAUCGUGCCGACAACUGUUAGAACCGCAAACGCCGGAGCAGUGCUACCAAUAAAAAAAAAUGAUCCCAGUGUUCGUUCACGAUAUACUAAAGAUUAUCACCAAAAGACGAAAACUGAAGAGGAAAAAGUUAUACCGCCGUAUAACGUUUUAACUGUCGACAACGUUUCUAUAGAUGGCUCAUUAGAAAUUAAUGAAGACCAAGAUUAUGAAGAUGAUUUUGAGGAUUAUGAAUCUGACUUUGAGUCUGACACAUCGGUGGCAUCGUUAUUAUCGCAACAUGUGAAUCGACAAGACUCGAAGGAGGAAGUUGAGAAGUUUGCAUUACCUGUGUGUGUAGAAGAACAGCUGGAACCGUUCUUAGAUGAAACAUUUGAAGUUAAUGUGUUAGAACGUACUAUUGAAAGAGGCUUAAGUAAUUUCAAGUCCGCUGGAAAGAGACAACGUGAACAAGAAGCGAAAAGUAAAAUUAAAACCAGAGGAAAUAUACUUAUGGAAAUGAUCAAACUGGAUACAGUGAGUUUUUCGUUAUUCGAUAUGCCGGCAAUACCUUAUGAACAAUACAUACAAAUUUAUGGACAGUCGAACAUGUCACAGGUAUAUACACAGACAAACGAUGACUAUGCCGAUAAAGAGAUUCAAACAACAGAAAUUGAUUUAUCCGAAAAAUGGACUCAGAGACCAAUUUUUUUACCAAACACUUUGGACUGUUCAUCGUUUGAAUAUCUACAAGCCAAGCUCGGAGUCGGCGCUAACAGUGACAUAUCGAAUAACAAACGAGUAUCUCGUGUCAAUGCAGUGGACGCGGAUCGAAUUUGCACUGUUGGCCGUGUUGUGCUGCGCUGGCUCGAACGGCAAGCAAUGGAUAACAUCCAGCAUAAGCUGCUGCCCAACCAACUAGCCUUCAGCAACGGUCAUCUGAGACCUUCGAUAUCCGCCGUCCGGUUGUUAGCCGAUCAGCCUGUAACGUCGGUCGAGUUUAUGAAUGUAACGCCGUCCGAUUCGGCUCAGUCGUUGGUCACCGUGCACGAGGUAUCCGAUAAGACCAAUUGGUAUGCCACAGUGUGCAUAUGGAAUGCUUCAGAUAUGGAUAAAAUGCCGGAAUACAUUCUUAAGUGCCCGAACCGCGUGACUUGUUUAUGUACUCUCCCUAAGAACUCGGGAGAAGGGUUUGUUGUGGCCGCUCACGUUGAUGGAAGCAUAUGUGUGUGGGACUUGAGGGAAAGUAGAUUUCAUCAUGAGCAACUCGAAGACAUCCAAUGUCCACUUCGUUCGCCGUCCUACAAUACCGCACUAAUUUUCGACAACAGCCAUAAAUCAAAAGUGGUCGGUUUGCGACCCGUUACGUACAGCAACGUCAAAUAUAUAGAAAAGGAAUUUCCAAACGAAUUAUGCAGUUUGGACGAAGACUUCGUGCUGAUCGUGUGGACAGUUAUGGAUAGCUGGACAGGCACCGCUGAAAGUGUUGGCCAACAAAAAUACGGUGGCACAGCGCCUUGGAGUUCAGUGAGAUUAGUAAAGUUGCAAACCAUAACAGCCAAAAAAGACAUUCCGAAACAGUUAUCGGACGGUGCGACCGCUACUUCCAUGUGUUUGAGCAACCGCCAAGAUUCUUUCAUGGGAACUAAUUCUGGAUUAGUUUUUCGUAGUAAUCUGGGCGGACACAAAAUAUGGCCAUCUUACUAUACAUGUGGCUAUACGGGCGAACAUCACGAAAUAAACUGGUUGGAGGUGUGCCCGUUUGAUUCCAAUUACUUUUUAGCUGCAAGCUCUAGCGGUGGGGUGAUAUUGUACAAUGUAAGACGACAAGAGGCUUUGCGUAGAUAUUUGGCCUCGGCGUCUGUCUUAGUGUCUCCGUCAAUAGUAAAGGCUCAAUGGUGCACCGGACAUCCUGGCAUUGUUUUUGCAUUGGACUCGCUAUCCAGCGUGCACGUAUGGGACCUUUGCGACGACACGACCUUUGCGCCUUUGACGUCAGCCGGUCUUCGAGAAAAAAACAUCACGUCCAUAGCUGUAGCCGCAGUACAGUCUGAACGUCAACCUUCUUACGUGAGUUUGGCGUUCACAGACGGCAAAGUAGAAAUGCAUAUGAUCAAAUUAGAGAAACGGAAUUUAAAAACACAAGAGGAUCAUCGAAAUACACUACUACGCAGUUUAUCCAGAUUAUAGUUUAUAUUCUAAAUGGAGGAAUACAAUUCGUGCCAAAUACUGUUUGUAUUUAAUAUUUUAUUAUUAUAUAAUUAUAUUAUAAUGAUACAUUAUAUUUUGCUAGAGUUGUAAGUAUAA